CGAGCUUCUUCCUCCUGCUAAGCCCCGCCUCCACGUUUCCAUGCAUGGCGCGCUUCGCCUCUGUGACUGGCUCCCUGCUCCUCCCCGGGUGGCGGUGACUCUGUAGUGGGCUGUGGGUGAACACACAGCAGGCAUGAGUGCGGCGGGUAGUGCUCGGUCCGGUUCGGCCGCUGGCCCGGUCCAACAGGGGCUAAAAGAGGCUCUAAUCGAGACACUGACGGCCAUCCUGUCCCCGGUUCAAGAAGUGCGCGCUGCCGCGGAGGAGCAGAUUAAAGUGCUGGAAGUGACAGAGGAGUUUGGUGUCCAUCUGGCAGAACUCACAGUUGAUCCUCAGGGAGCGCUCGCAAUCCGUCAGUUAGCAUCAGUCAUCCUGAAGCAGUAUGUGGAGACUCACUGGUGUUCCCACUCAGAGAAAUUUAGACCUCCUGAAACUUCCGAUCAGGCUAAAGCCGCCAUCAGGGUGCUGCUGCCCAGCGGUCUGCGGGAGGCCAUCAGCAAGGUCCGCUCCAGUGUAGCGUACGCCGUGUCGGCCAUCGCCCACUGGGACUGGCCCGAGGCCUGGCCGCAGCUGCUCACCCUCCUGAUGGAGAUGCUGGUCAGUGGAAACGUCAACGCUGUGCACGGGGCCAUGAGGGUCCUCACAGAGUUUACUCGGGAGGUGACUGACACACAGAUGCCGCUGGUGGCUCCUGUCAUCUUACCUGAAAUGUACAAGAUCUUCACCAUGGCAGAGGUGUACAGUAUUCGUACCCGAUCCAGAGCCGUGGAGAUAUUCACCACCUGUGCCAACCUCAUCUGUGCUAUUGAAGAGCAUGAGAAGGGUGCAGCCAAAGCGUUGAUCUUCCCCGUGGUGCAGCAGUUCACUGAAGCGUUUGUGCACGCUCUACAGAUGCCUGAGGGACCCUUGUCUGAUAGCGGUCUCAAGAUGGAAGUCCUAAAGGCAGUAACUGCGUUGGUGAACAAUUUCCCCAAACCCAUGGUGUCCUCCAUGCAGCAGAUUCUACCCAUCGUCUGGAACACACUGACUGAAAGUGCAGCUUUCUAUGUGAGAACAGAAGUCAACUACACAGAGGAAGUGGAUGACCCUGUAGACUCCGAUGGUGAAGUUUUGGGCUUUGAGAAUCUGGUGUUCAGCAUCUUUGACUUUGUCCACACGCUGCUGGAAAACCACAAGUUUAAGAGCACAGUGAAGAAAGCCCUGCCGGAACUCAUCUACUACGUCAUCCUGUACAUGCAGAUCACUGAGGACCAGAUCAAAGCGUGGACGGCAAAUCCCCAGCAGUUUGUAGAGGAUGAGGAUGAUGACACCUUCUCCUACUCUGUCAGGAUAUCUGCUCAGGACCUGCUGCUGGCUGUUGCUGCAGAGUUUCAGAAUGAGAGCGCAGCAGCUCUGGCAGCGGCAGCAACCAGACAUCUCCAGGAGGCCGAGCAGGCCAAAAACAGCGGCAAUGAGCACUGGUGGAAGAUCCAUGAGGCAUGCAUGUUGGCCCUCGGGUCUGUAAAAGCCAUCAUCACAGAGAACGUGAAGAACGGUCGUAUCCAGUUUGACAUGCACGGUUUCUUGGCUGGUGUUAUUCUCGCCGAUCUUAACUUGGCAUCGGCGUCUCCGUUCCUCCUGGGCCGGGCUCUGUGGGCGGCCAGUCGCUUCACGGCGGCCAUGUCUCCGGAGCUCAUCCAGCAGUUCCUGCAGGCCACCGUCAGCGGUCUGCACGACAGCCAGCCGCCCUCUGUACGCAUCUCCGGGGUCAGGGCCAUCUGGGGGUACUGUGAUCAGCUGAAGCUGUCGGAGAGCACCCAUGUCCUGCAGCCCUUCCUCCCCAGCAUCCUCGAAGGACUCAUCCAACUGGCCGCCCAGUUCAGCUCAGAGGUGCUCACCCUCGUCAUGGAAACCCUGUGCAUCGUCUGCACCGUGGACCCCACCUUCACCACCAACGCAGAGAACAAGAUCUGCCCCCUCACCAUCGCUAUUUUCCUGAAAUACAACAACGACCCUGUGGUGGCGUCCCUGGCUCAGGACAUCUUUAAGGAGCUGGCACAGAUCGAGGGCUGCCAGGGCCCCAUGCAGAUGCGUCUCAUCCCCACGCUGAUCAGCAUCAUGCAGGCUCCCACCGACAAGAUCCCCUCUGGACUCUGUGCUUCGUCCAUCGACAUCCUGACCACAGUGGUCCGAAACACCAAAGCCCCUCUCUCAGAGCUACUGGUGUGCCAGGCUUUCCCUGUGGUGGCUCAGUGCACCUUACGCACUGACGACAACACGAUAAUGCAGAACGGAGGCGAGUGUCUGCGGGCGUACGUCUCCGUGGCCCUGGAGCAGAUCGCUCAGUGGAGGGACGAGCAGGGCAACAGCGGCCUCUGGUACGUCAUGCAGGCGGUCAACCAGCUGCUGGACCCCCGCACCUCGGAGUUCACGGCCGCCUUCGUGGGCCGGUUGGUUUCCACUCUGAUCUCUCGGGCGGGAACCCAGCUCGGGGAACAGCUGGACCAGAUCCUGAGAGCCAUUCUGAGCAAGAUGCAGCAAGCGGAGACUCUGAGUGUCAUGCAGUCUCUGAUCAUGGUGUUUGCCAACCUGGUGCACUCCCAGCUGGAGCCUCUGUUGGAGUUCCUGUGCAGUCUGCCCGGCCCCACGGGGAAACCGGCCCUGGAGUUUGUCAUGACGGAGUGGAUGAGCAGGCAGCACCUCUUCUAUGGACAGUACGAAGGCAAAGUCAGCACGGUGGCUCUCUGUAAGCUCCUUCAGCACGGUCUCAACUCUGACGACAAACGCCUCCAGGACAUCGUGGUGAAGGGGGAAGAGAUCUACAGCCCUGAAGACGGCAUCCGCACACGCUCCAAAUCUGCCAAGAACCCAGAGCGCUGGACCAACAUUCCUUUGCUAGUGAAAAUCUUUAAAUUGAUCAUCAAUGAGCUGUCGACGGUCGUGGAGGCAAACUCCAGCAGGACGAACGCAGCCGACUGGAGUCAAGAUUCCAGUGGUAUGUGGGAGGAAGAUGAAGAGGGCGACGAUGAUGAUGAGGAUGAAGGGGUGGCAGGGCAGCUGCUUUCUGAUCUCAUCGCCUCCAACAAAUACGAUGAUGAUUAUUACGAGGAUGAUGAUGAGGAUGAUCCAGAUGCCUUGAAGGACCCCAUAUAUCAGAUUGAUUUGCAGGCUUACCUGACAGACUUCCUGACUCAGUUCGCCCAGCAGCCGUGUUACAGCAUGUUCUCCGGACACCUCACCUCCAGCGAGAGACAAACCCUGCAGUCCAUAGGCCUCUAGCCCGAGCUCCUCUUCCAUCUGAACUCUCCUAAUACUUGUGCGCUUAUGAUGAAUUUAAAACGUAUCAAUGGAAAGGAGAAAUGGAAUGAGCGAGGAGGGAAACGGGUUAAAAGAGACGGACAGCACUUACCCAUAACUCCUUUUUUCUACGUGCUCACGGGAUGAAGGAUUUUGCAGAUGUUAAAGCGAGGAGGUGAGAGACGUCUGUUCCUGGCGCUACUCAGAGGACUCGUCAUUUUAGAGAAACUUCAGACGGACGAGAGGAUUGGACAAAAACCUCGAGGCUUCACAGUGGGACAGGUGAAACAUGAAAUAUGAACAGACUAUUUUGCCAUGUGCUAUUUGUAACUUAGCCCAUUAUUUUUGUCAUUUCUGUAAAAAAUGCAACAUAGAAAAUGCUUUCAACAGACUACACUGAUUUGAAGGAAGUCAAAUGAAAACAAACAUUGUGAUAUUUGGGGGAGGGAGAGAAAUAUUGGCAGCCUUUUAUUCCACAAAAAACGUUCACUGUUUCUGACAGGAAAUGAAAAGUUCUUAUACCGGCUGUCAUGUCUCGGGGUACGAUGGGUAUUUGGGAAAUUCAAACUAUUGCCACGGUGAUUCGCAGCAUUGUCAUUUCCUUGUAUACCCAUUGAAAUGUGGGGUGGAUAGAUUUCUAAAUAAAAGUCCAGAAAGGACAAUAUUUCCAGAUUGAUGUCCAGAUUCCUCUCUUGUCUCCCCGAAAUGUGAGAAAUACUGAAAUAUGCAGGUCCUUUUUAAUCACGUGUUCAAAUAAAUCAAAAAUUGUAAAAUACAUGUUAUUUACAUUUUUCUUUUACCUAUUUAUGGAAAUUGAAAGUGUAUUGGUUUACAUAUUCUGGCUCACUAUAAAUGCACUGUACAGUU